AUGGAUGACUUGAAAAUAUUCUCGAAGAAAGAAGAUACGUUGAUAAAAAUGAUGAAUGAUGUUAAUCUUUUCUUCGAGGCUGCUGGACUAGAGAAAAAUGUGGAAAAGUCAGCUACUAACGUGCAGUGCUUGGCUUCCGAGGCAAAACUACUUGAUGGACUUGAUAGCUACCGAUACCUGGGAGUGCUCGAAGAUAAAAUGAGUAACAUACUGAAAAGCGAUGUGCUAAAAUCAAUCUUUGAUGAGAUGAAGAAAAGAAUUAACAAUCUGGCCACUACAAAACUUAACUCAGGGAAUCUAUUCAAAUCCAUCAAUGAACAUGCAUUGUCUCUUUAUAAUUAUUAUAUUGGACUUAUUGAUAUCGACCCAACCGAAUUUGAGGUUAUUGAUAAGAAAAUCAGAGGAAUUCUAAUACAGAAUAAGAUUCACCUGAAGCCGGCGAACAAAGAAAGAUUAUACCUACCCAGGAAUCGUCUUGGAAGAGGACUCGUAUCUAUAACUCAAAAAAGCGAACGAAUGCUCCUCCAAUUUUUCGGAGACCUUGAAAAGAAGUCUCAUUACUGUUUGAGAAGAGCGGGAAUUCUGCGGGUCAUGAAGUCAAAGAAAACACAUAUGGCCACAAUCGUAGAAUUUAUCACUCGAAAAUACAAAAUUGGAGACCAUGGAAGUCUCAAUGUGAAGGCACUGCAAGGAUUACAGAAUGAAUACCUAAUUGCAGAAAUCAGGAAAAAACCUCUGCAUUCAAUCCUCUUUAAUUGUUUGGAAGAUACUAAUAUCGAUGUUACGGAGUCCUCCGCGUGGUUAACAUAUGGAAGCAUUUCUCCGAGAUCAGAAGCAUCCUUCUGUUUACUACAAGACCGCAAUUUCCUCUCUGGAGCAGGAGAAACGAAUUGCAAACAUUGCAACUCUGCGAAAAAUACUGUUGACCAUCUAGCUACCAGGUGUGGGCGAAUGCUAAACAGCGAUUACUUACGACGGCAUAAUGAAGUAGUGAGAUGUAUUCACUUACAUCUCUGCAGACAGUAUGGAAUAAAAAGGUCAAAAAGAUUGAAGACCCAUUCAGUCCAGUCUAUAGUUGCAAAUGAAGCAGUCGAGGUCAGAGUCGAUACUACUAUAAGUACUGACACACACGUUCAUAACAACAAGCCCGACAUUUUCGUGUGGGAUAAAAUUAAGAAUACGAUUAAACUAAUCGAAAUUGGAAUAAUUUCGCAGCAAAUUCUUAAAAAAGUCGAAGUCGAAAAAUCCCACAAGUAUGAUCUCUUAGCAAGUGAAUUGGCUUUAAUCCACAAAGCAAAAGUGAAUAUAGUACCCAUAGUAUUAACGUGGGAUGCCAUUGUCAGUAAAUACUACAAACAAUACCAGAAUGGUCUGAAAAUUGAGUACCCUGUAAGAGCAUACAUCCAAACUAUUAUCAUGAAGAAGACUCUUGAAAGUAUGUACAUCGAUCAUAAACAUGGAAUGAUGUCCCAAGAGGACGACGGUUUUGAAGAAAAUAUAACUUUCCUUGAUAACAACAUAAAUCAGAAACUCGACGAAACCGACUUAAUGACGGGAGCAUUUGAAAAAGAGUCCUACUCCUAUAAUAACAUUAAUCGAGAGGAAGAGCGAUGGAACUAUGAAUUGGAACCUGAUGAAAGUCGUCUCAUCCGGGAAAAGAAGAAUGAUCCUUUAGAUUGCCUAAAAGAAGUUUGGAGACCGGUCAAGGUUGUCCGUGUUGGGGCAAAGAGGAGGAUGGUCUAUUGA